GUAAAGUUUCCAAGCGUCUGUGUCAAACAUCUAAAGAAUGCUAUCAAACGUGUUUUUAUUUCUGUCAGCAGUUUCUUUAGUUUGUAAGCAUGGACAACGCAGACGUACAGUAUUUUGUCCAAAAAGACAAUGAUAUUCCUGAUACAGAACAGGAGUUCGCUAGACGAAGUGCUGAUACCAAAAAUGUUCGACCAGGCGCACCGUCUGAACCGAACGAGUACAACUUCAACUUCAAGCGUCGCGGCCUGUUCCUGAUCAUCAACAACAAGAACUUCGACAGCUCGACGGGUCAGAUGGUGCGGGAGGGAACCGAUGUGGACGCAGAGAGGCUGGAGGAGCGCUUCCAGGACAUGGGCUUCGAGGUGAAACGCUACGAUGACGUGACACGUGCCAAGAUGUCAGCACUCAUGUAUGAUGCUGCGUCGUACGACCACUCCAACGCCGACUGUUUCGGCUGUGCGAUCCUCAGUCACGGCGUGGAGGGCCGGAUCUUCGCCACAGAUGGGUACAUGUCGCUGGAACUCCUCGUUGUGCCAUUCAAAGGAGACCGGUGUCCAUCGCUCAUCGGCAAACCGAAACUCUUCUUCCUGCAGGCUUGUCGAGGGUCUAAGAUGGACUAUGGGGUGGAGGUGUCCGACUCCACCAGUGCCUCCUCCAAGGAUGAGGAUGAGACCGAUUCCUCCAACACUGUCACCAUUCGCAAAAUACCCAUUGAAGCUGACUUCCUCUUCGCUUACUCCACAGUGCCAGGCUACUACUCGUGGCGUAACAACCAGGACGGGUCAUGGUUCAUCCAGGCACUGUGCAUCGUGCUCGAGAACUAUGCCACCAAGAUGGAGCUGCUGCACAUGCUGACCCACGUGAACCGCAUCGUCGCCUACGAGUUCGCGUCGUGCUCAGACAAGGAGUUCAACGACAGGAUGAAACAGAUGCCCUGCGUCGUGUCCAUGCUGACGCGCUACGUCUACUUCAGACACAAGAAACAGGACAUCAGAUAAACCAUGUGUGUCGUGUCCAUGUUGACACAAUGUUGACACGUUACGUCUACCCAGACACAAGAAACAGGACAUCAGAUGAACUGUGGUUCCAAGAUAGAUUUAACCCUUAUGUUGACUGUAUGCAUAAUUAUAUGGCUCUGUGACUUGGUGCUUGGACUCUCGAAACAAGACAUCAGAUGACUUUACAACUCCAAGCUUGAUGUGGACCAAGCAGACUCUAUCCCAGUUAUAUCGAUUGAUGUACAUAAAUGUAUGAUGUAUAUAUAACUGUCUGGAUCAAGCUGGCUGGAAUAAUGCCUGUAUGCAUUACUAUAAAUGCUACAUUAUAUGGAACUAUAACUCAGUAUGUGCUUACAUUUCAGUCACAAGACACGUCAGAUGAAUUUAUGGCUUCAAGCUUGAUGUGGACCGAGCAGACUCUGUCCCAGUUAUAAUGAUUGUUGUACAUAUAAUGUGUAUAACUGUCUGGAUCAAGCAGGUUUCACUCUGAAGGAUGCCUGUAUGCAUUGCUAUAAAUGCUAAAUUGUAUGGAACUAUAACUCAAUAUAUGCAUAUUCUUCAGUCACAAGAUACAGGACAUGAGAUGAACUAUGGCUCCAAGGCUGAAGCCAGCAGUUAUAUGACUGUACAUUACUACGAUACAUAAUUGGUUAGAUCAAGCCGGUUUCACCCUAAAUGAUGCUUACAUUAUGUGGAAUUAUGACUCAUUAUGAAUACUUCAGACACAAGGCACAGGACACGGGUAUCAGAUGAACUAUGGAUUCAAGACUUAUGUGAACCAGGCUGCUUUGGUACUAAUUACAUACAUUACUAAAGAUAUGUAAAUGAAAAGUGUUUUUACAUAACUUGUUAAAUCCAUGAGAUACAAUUUUAACAUUAUUUUUAAACACCCGUUGGUGAGAACAUCAUUCAUUAUUUAUGAUAACACAUACUUGUUAACACACAUAUACAUGUAUUAUCAAUUUAAACACAUAUGACUGGCUGCUUCUAGGUGAUGACCUGGUCACCAUAACCUUACAAUCAAAUAGAAGCAGAAAAGAAAUGUAUAGCUUUGUAAGGUAUAAAUUGUAACCGAUUACUUUGUGACUUUGUAACUAAUUUACUUGAAAAAGGUGUUUAAAUUGUUUUACAUCUGGUGGGGGGUUUUGUUUUACAUCUGGUGGGGGGUUUUGUUUUGAGGAUGUGUAAGAAAUAGAAUACUACAUUUGUGUCCAUUCAUAGAUAACAUUUAUCUUACAACUCAUUGUUUUAAAACUUAUCCAACUCGCUUUUGCUUGUUAGAUACGUGUUAGAACAACUCAUUGUGAGAUAAAUGGUAUUUAAUGGCCACUCAUGUAGUAUUCUCCAUGUUCAAACCACAGGUUCAUUUUGGUGAUUAUGUAAGGGAUUUAAGCCAUUUUGAUCUAGCCACUGAAUAUGCAUAUAACCUGGUACAGUGUAUCCAGCAAUUUCUGUGGAUGUAAUUGUUUGAUCAAAACAUUCUUAGGUGGUGAUGAUUCAGCGUAUUUCACACCUAGAGAAGCAUGUAAUUGUUUGAUCAAAACAUUCUUAGGUGGUGAUGAUUCAGCGUAUUUCACACCUAGAGAACAUUUAAUUGUUUGAUCAAAACAUUCUUAGGUGGUGAUGAUUCAGCGUAUUUCACACCUAGAGAAGCAUGUAAUUGUUUGAUCAAAACAUUCUUAGGUGGUGAUGAUUCAGCGUAUUUCACACCUAGAGAACAUUUAAUUGUUUGAUCAAAACAUUCUUAGGUGGUGAUGAUUCAGCGUAUUUCACACCUAGAGAACAUUUAAUUGUUUGAUCAAAACAUUCUUAGGUGGUGAUGUUUCAGCGUAUUUCACACCUAGAGAAGCAUGUAAUUGUUUGAUCAAAACAUUCUUAGGUGGUGAUGAUUCAGCGUAUUUCACACCUAGAGAAGCAUUUAAUUGUUUGAUCAAAACAUUCUUAGGUGGUGAUGUUUCAGCGUAUUUCACACCUAGAGAAGCAUGUAAUAGUUUGAUCAAAACAUUCUUAGGUGGUGAUGAUUCAGCGUAUUUCACACCUAGAGAAGCAUGUAAUUGUUUGAUCAAAACAUUCUUAGGUGGUGAUGAUUCAGCGUAUUUCACACCUAGAGAACAUUUAAUUGUUUGAUCAAAACAUUCUUAGGUGGUGAUGAUUCAGCGUAUUUCACACCUAGAGAAGCAUGUAAUUGUUUGAUCAAAACAUUCUUAGGUGGUGAU